AUGUUAGGCAUGUCCCAAUCGCUGAUCUCCGCCCCGCGCUUAAAGCCGGACGUCCGCCUGGCGCAGGUGGUUUCACAGUUCGAGGCCGAACUAUCUAAUGAGCAAAAAGCAACUUUCCGUGCCUGGAGAACCAAAUCAAUUGAAUCUCCACCUAGCAUUCAAGAUGUCAUGAAAUUCACUGCGGAGAUUGAUCGUGCCUCGGAAAAGGGGCGCCGGUGCUUGGGACCGCGACUUAUGAACGUCCUACAGGCUACUCAGCAAUUCGCUGCUUUGGGGGAUAUCAUAGUCGGUGGAUCUCAAAACUUGCUUGCGUGUGGUGUCUGGUCAAUAGUGCGAAUUUCGCUUCUCGCAGCCCUCGAUUUUUCCUCCUAUCUUGAGCAAUUAUCGAACAUAUUCAUGAUCGCUGGUCGUCUUGCACCUCGCUAUGAAAAGAUGGCUUUGCUUUAUCCUCGGUCAAAGGAUUUACAAUCUAGUCUUUGUGAAUAUUUUAUUUUGAUUGUACGCCUCUGCCAUGAAAUGACUACUUUUUCACGCAAGUCAAUUUUCGGAAAAUUCGCCUCCACCCUUGGUGACUCAAAUCUUAAGACAUAUCAAUCAGAGUUGGAGUCCUGGGGGAAGACCAUCAAAGCUGAAGUCACCUUCUUGAUGGCCAAGGUAAUGGAGAACGAAGCCGAAAGCAAUUCGCGAUUCAGAGCAGUCUCCUCAAUAUUCCAGAAAUCAACUGCAUAUCAGCAAACAAUUCAAACGAAACAGCGGGUACUUGAUUUCUGCUCCCAGUACGAUUGCACAGUGUCAUGGAAGCAGGCUCGAAAAUCAGGUAACACCAAUCUGUUUCGGGAGAGUGCCAAAUAUCAAGAUUGGAAAAGUAUGCCACUUUCUUCCACUCUCAUCUAUACUGGGAAGUUAGGCUCCGGGAAGUCUGUGCUGCUCGCCAAUAUAGUGGACGAUCUCCAUAUUCAGAGUGAAAGGACCCACGUAGCAUAUUUCUUUUGUCGACAUGACGUCUCCGAGAGUCUCAAAGCGCGGGGAGUGAUCGGCUCAUUGGCUCGUCAGUUGUUAUAUCCUAUAUCGGACUUAACGCCUGCUGCAGAAUACUUGGACAGAACGCAUCAGUGCGAACCGAUGGAGAGACUGAUGGGACUUCUUUCAAAUUGUCUUACUCCUCUUCGCAAAAAAACAAGGUUCUUCAUUGUUGUCGAUGGGCUAGAUGAGCUCGAUGGGAAUCAAAGAGAGAUCGUGAUCCGGCAGCUAUCGGAUCUUCAAAGCGAAACGUUGGUAAUGCUACUUUGCAUAUCGCUCCGUGAAGGUCCAAACGAGAACCCCCUAAAAACCAACUUGACACAACUUGCGGCCCCAGUCAUUACACCAAUUCCGAACAAUACUCGCGACAUCGAGGAUUUCAUUGAGACAGAAUUGGAAAGUCGAAUCGAAUCUGGAAAGCUCACGAUUGGCAGUCCUCUUUUGAUCCUUGAAAUUCAAGAUGCUCUAUUGAAAGGAUCACAAGGGAUGUUCCUUUGGGUAGCUCUCCAAAUUGAAUCUUUAUGCGCCAUGGAUAGCGAUGAGGAGAUUCGCCAAUCUCUUGCAGACCUGCCAAAGGAUCUCUCAGAGACAUUCUCUCGCACUUUGCGGUCAAAAUCCCGAAAUACGCGCCAAAAAGAGAUAUUAGCCAUCCUAACAGUGGCCCAAAGUCCACUCACUCUCCACCAACUGCGCGAGGCAUUAUCUAUUGUGCCGGGUGAUUUGAAUUGGAACUCGGAUAGGCUCCUCAACAAUAUGCACAACACCUUAGCUUCUUGUGGCAGUCUUGUCACUAUUGAUGAGGAGGAGUUUACUAUACAUCUCGUUCACCACAGUGUAAAACAGUUCCUCCUCGGCGAAUUUAAAGAUUCGACUCAACCCCUAGUCAAUGUUGAUGAAGCUCAUCAAAUGAUGGCAAGCAUCAUUCUCACCUACCUCAACUACAGCGUCUUCGAAACUCAAGUUUCAAAGACAGUAAUACCUCACCUGCGGACUGAGUCGGUGCCCUCUGAGGUGAUUUUCUCAACACUCAAAUCAUCAAGUGGUGUCCGAAACAUGGCAAUCAGGCUCCUCAGAGCCCGGAAAAGGGCUGGUUUUGAUAUUGGAAAGGUCAUCGCAGAGACGAAACUCCAGAAUCGUUCUACAGACGAGCAGUUCUACUUCCAUAAAUACGCAGCAUCAUUUUGGCUAUACCAUGUCGUCCACGCCUUUGACCUCUCCGAGAACAUGCAUAAGUUAUUACUCAGACUCCUGGACCGACGGUCACCUUUGAGCCUCAACAUAAACGACGAAGAUAUCGACAAACUAUUAUCGUGGUCGGCGAAAAAGAAACAAUAUGCAUCUUUGAUCAAGAUUUUGCUUGGUUCUGAACACAUGACGUCAAAUGAACGAGAUAUUACACUAGAUGCACUACAUAUUGCUGCGGGCGAAGGACACGGCGCAAUGAUUCGGGUCCUCCUAGAGCGCGCAAAAAUGAACGACCUGAUGUUGUUCGACGGGACUCACCCCCAGCGACUUCAUCUAUCCGCUCAACACAACGGGGAGUCGACAGAACAACGGCCACUUGAUUCAGAUGAGCUCAAUGUCAACUCGAAAGACUCCCUGCGUUGGACUCCUUUGCAUAGAGCUGCGAUGAAUGGACAUACGUCCACCGUAAUCUUUCUACUUACAGUCGUCAAUGCCAACCCGGAGACCCCCGAUAUAAUGGGACUAACCCCUUUGCAUCUGGCCAGUAUGAAUGGUCACUGUGCUGCUGUUAAGGCACUUCUUGAUCACGGAAAUGCAAACCCUAGUGCUCUUGAUCAAGAUGGCCGAACUCCCGGGGAUCUUGCUGUGGAAAAACUCGACGAAGAAACCAUUUCAAAGCUAGAUCCCCGGCUUUUCAGUGGUCAGUUAUCCUUGGCUGAUUGA